AUGAAAAGCGAGGAGACGAAACUAUGGAUACAAGAGCAGGCUGCUUCCGACCAAAGCAUAUACAUGAUCAUCGGCAUACAAACUCUGAUUGAUCCGCGCAUCGAAGUGGAUUUUACUGCCACAAAGCAGAGUGAGGCAACUAUGCGGCUGCUCGGCAAUCUGCCGCCAAAUUUCAAGGUCAUCUCGCCAGCCAUGGAGGGGGGGACCGAUCGUGACACCAGCAACAAGUUGGAGAUUGCUGCCCCUGGGGAGCGAAUCUUCGCUCUGAGAUACCGCCAAGUUACGUUCAAGUGGCUCAAAUGCCUUUCUUCGAACCCCACGAAGCUCUCGCGUACUUGUACGUGGACUUGUCUUGAUACUGCAUGGCGCGGAGCCAAUAGUCAGGAUGGCAAUAUGUCGGACACGAGCGAUAAUGAUAUGAGCGAUGACGAAGGGGAUGAUGUGAUUGAGGUGACAGUUGGAACGGAAAGCACGCUGCCUGACGAAGAUUGGGUCGAGGAGAGGACCGGGAAUGGACAUUACUGCAUCAACACCAUCGCAUAG